AUGACUACCACCACUACCCCACCAACAGGAGUGAAGGUGGAAAUGUCGCUAAGAUUAGACAAGCCAUAUGAGCCCGAACUGGAUAAUCCUUCAAGUGAAGCCUUCAAAAAACUCAAGAAUGAAGUUUUGAAAGUGCUAUUUGGGCAGUACAAAAGCCUUUCAGGGUUCAUCGGUGUAAAUAUAAAUGGAUUCAGUCGCGGCAGUAUCAUCACCCAGUACACUGUAGAAGCAUCUGAGAUUAAAACGGAGGAAAUUUCUAAAGUCAACGCUCAGAUUCCUCAAGCAAUGAAGGAGGUGGCCUCAGUAAUCGGCUCAGUCACUGCAUCUAUCACUGCAUCCGACUUGCUCUUUAUUCCAAAACCCACCUACACUGGAACUAGCAUGAAGUUGCAAUGCGGACCGCCAGACGUUAACCUGGGUGAGCUCAGCAGUGUUCAGUGGAAGUUUAAUGAUGGGAUUUUAAAUAAUCGUCCACGACACGUCAUCAACACCAUCGGUCUUCAAUCGACUCUCACUGUCAGCCAAGUGAUCCUUGCAGACAUUGGAUUAUAUGAGUGCACUUUGAAAAUCUCUGUGUUGGAGUACAUCCAAAAGCGAAAAGUAACCGACGAGGACAUCAGGCCAGCGCCAAACAUACGAGUCGAUGCAGAAAUUAAUGCUGAAUGUGAUGGGUCAUUAUUGGCACUGACUUGCUGUGUGCAGGAACCCUACAAAGUGAAAUGGUAUUUGGGUAAAACUAUUUUAAACUCAGUCGCUUCUGAAACCAACUGUGUAAGAUAUUCCAUUGAGAGAGCUUGUGAGACCUCUAUUACUAAAAUCUAUACUUGUAAAGUGGAGAGUCUUACACAGUACAACAAAACAACCACACUAACUCUCUUUCCAGAACCUCCAUUGUGUAAUGACAUCGUAUAUGGAAUGGGGAGAGAAGGAGAUUCCUCGGUCAUCAGAUGUGAGAAAGGUCAGACAGGCAGCAAGACAGCCGUGUGCGAGAGCAACAGACAAUGGACGCUAGUAGAGGAUACCUGUAUUGUGGAAGAAAUCAAAGAAUUGCUGACUGAAUCAACGGAUCUGGAUCCUGUGAAAGUGGAAGUGUUUGUUGAAAAACUGAAUGAGGCUGUAAAGGAACAGACAGAGGCCAUUGCCGAGUCAUCAAACACCAUUUCAGCAAUCACUGAAAUUUUGGUGUCUGUUUCUGAUGUCACAGAAACGGUCACUGAACCGCUCAUGAAGAAUGUCCUUGAGGUGGUGGACAAGCUCAGCGCAGACAAUGCGGCUAAAUCAUGGCAAGUCCUGAACACCAACAGGAGCAGCAAUGCUAGCUCUCAGCUCCUUGGCUCGCUGGAGCAACUGUCCAAAGGCUUGAAGGGGGAGUUUUCCAUCACCACCCCACGCAUCCAGUUGAAAAAAACGUCAUUUAGAGACUUUUUCUCCAUCAACCUCAACUCCAGCAUCCACCUGAACAUUCCCAACACCCAGCAUGAAAACGUCUCCAUAACGACUAUCCUAUUCUCCUCCCUGGACAACAUCUUGCCAGCACGAGAUGCAUCUUUUAACAUCAGCCAACUAGGAACAACAACAAACUCCACUGAAAAUGACACAGCUUCAGUGGUUUUGGACAAUUUCAUCAACGCAGAUGUGGUGCUCAUUAAAGUUAACCAAGUGAUAACUAAUGUUACACUGAGUUACGAGAAAAAGAAUGAUUCGUUUACCCCCGAUCCUCAGUGUGUAUUCUGGAACUUCAGCCUUCUCGAUGGCUUGGGAGCGUGGGAUGACAAAGGCUGUAGUUUAAUAUCUGACAUAAACAGCACAGUGACUUGCCAAUGCAACCAUCUUACGUCCUUCUCCAUCCUUAUGUCCACACAUAUCCCUGAGUCCAUACGUGAAGCUUUGGACAUAAUCACCUACAUUGGCGUCGGGAUAUCGUUGGCAAGUCUAGUCAUCUGCCUUAUCAUUGAGGGUUAUGUCUGGAAAGCCGUCACCAGAAACGGCACGGCUUUUAUGCGACACGUCUCCAUCGUAAACACAGCUCUUUGCUUGUUGAUCGCUGACAUUUGCUUCAUCAUUGCUGCCUCUGUCGCAAAGAACCCUGACGAAAACCCCGGCGAAGACUUCACAGUGCCAGUUGGGCCGUGCAGCACCGCAACGUUUUUCAUGCAUUUUUUCUACUUAGCACUUUUCUUCUGGAUGCUGGUAUCGGGACUGUUGUUGUUUUAUCGCAUGGUCAUGGUCUUCUCGCACAUGUCCAAGUCCGCCAUGUUGGCCGUGGGUUUGUGCGUGGGCUACGGAGCUCCGCUAAUCAUAGCCGUAGUCACUGUUGCUUCUACUGCGGGGGGAAACGGGUACAUCCAAAGAGAACAAGCUUGCUGGUUGAACUGGAAUGAGACUAUGGCACUUCUCGCUUUGGUCAUACCUGCCUUAACUAUUGUGUUUAUUAACAUCAUAAUUUUGUUCGUGGUGUUGUACAAAAUGCUGAGGAGCGGAGGCAUAGGAGACCAGUCCGUGGCCGAUGAGAGGCACACGCUCAAGGUUGUAGUGCGAUGUGUGCUCAUUCUAACGCCGCUGUUCGGACUGACCUGGUCUUUAGGAGUGGGGACGAUGGUGGCUCCGACAAAUGAAGGAGUCCAUAUUGCAUUUGCAUUCUUCAAUUCGUUGCAGGGUUUGUUUAUUCUUGUCUUUGGAACACUGUUUGACUCCAAGAUCCGGGCUCUCCUGGCAAGAAAACCCCUCACAGGAUCAUCAGGUUCCAGCUCCAAUCGGACAAAAAGCACCAGUGCAGGGCUGUUCAGCAAAGUAAGGAGCAUAUUGCCUGGAAGACGAAAUGUCUAUCACCUCUCGCCGCCUUCACGCAGCAGCACCAACGAGCCCACGGAAUCAUACUCAAGCAUUUAA